AUGGAAAGAAGCAAUAAUGUCACUGUGUUCGUUCUAUUGGGACUUUCACAAAACAGAAAUACUGAAAUCCUGUGCUUUGUAUUCUUUUUAUUUUGUUACGUAGGCAUUUGGACAGGAAAUACACUCAUAAUGAUUUCCAUCACAUGCUCUCAGCUGAUUGACCAGCCCAUGUAUUUCUUCCUGAAUUACCUCUCACUCUCUGACCUUUGCUACACAUCCACAGUGACCCCUAAGCUGAUGACUGACUUACUGGCCGAGAGGAAGGCCAUUUCCUACACUAACUGCAUGGUACAACUAUUUAUCAUUCACUUCCUUGGCAGCAUUGAGAUCUUCAUUCUCACGGGCAUGGCCUAUGACUGCUAUGUGGCCAUCUGUAAGCCCUUGCACUACACCGUCAUCAUGAGCAGGCAGAAGUGUAACACAAUAAUUCUAGCAUGUUGUGUUGGAGGGUUUGUACACUCUGCCAGUCAGUUUCUCCUCACCAUUUUCUUACCAUUCUGUGGUCCCAAUGAGAUGGAUCACUACUUCUGUGAUGUGUAUCCUUUGCUGAAGUUGGCCUGUUCGAACACAGUAGGUAUCCUAGUCAUUGUGAAUUCAGGCCUGAUUGCUUUCGUGACGUUUGUUGUCUUGGUCUCUUACUUUUUAAUACUAUACACCAUCAGGGCUUACUCUGCAGAGAGCUGCAGCAAAGCCCUUUCCGCUUGCAAUUCCCACAUCACAGUUGUGGUCCUAUAUUUUGCACCAGCAAUAUUCGUUUACAUUAGGCCAGCAACAACAUUCCCAGAAGAUAAAGUGCUUACUCUUUUCUGUACCAUCAUCGCCCCCGUGUUCAACCCUCUGAUCUAUACGCUAUGGAAUGUGGAAAUGAAGAAUGCCUUGAGGAAGAUAUGGUGUCAUCCAACACCCCUAAAGACAAAGUAA